UAUGAAGUCACUGUCACACAAAAUUUUUGACAUUGAUGUUUGAUUUAGCAACAUAACCUCAAAUUAGAUAAUUCUAAUUAAAUUCGAAUUGUAAAUAAAACUGAAAAUAAAUUAAUUUCCUCUAGUAGUAAUGAGUUCUUCUCUUAUUAAAUUGGCUCAGAAAUCUCUGUUUACACAAUGGUCCCCAAUUUUGGCAUCUCAAUUGCAUACCUCUACACCGCUAUGUCGAGUGGUUUCGGGAAAAUAUCGAAUAACCAAGAAGCGCGACAGGCCUCUAACUUACGAAAUGGCAAACCCACCACACUACAUCGCUCAUAGAAAAUCGUGGAACUCCUGGAACACUUCUACCAUGAAAGAUGGCCUCCGCAAGUCCGAGACGGCAGUAGAAGACGAAUUUAUCAGACGAUUCAUGGGCGGAACUUGGCAUGGCUUAGUCUGCAGUGAGGUGAUUAUAAAACGUCAGUUUAAUCACAUUAGGGUAGCAGCAAUCAUCAGACGAGCAGUGUCACCAACCAAAAUGUACUUCCUGCUUGGCUACACUGAAGAAAUGUUGGCUAACUGGUUACAAUGUCCUGUCACCUUGGAGUUACAAACUGUUGAUAGUUUUAAAGAUGUUAUAUUCAAGUAUAUUUAGAUAUUAUAUCUAUAUGUAGUGUGUUAGGUCAAAUAAAGUUGUAAAUAUAAGUUGA